AUGAGCUCGGCGCAUCCGUUCUUGGCGGCCUUGGCGGCCCACUGUGACGCGCUCGUCAACGAAUGCAUGCGGCAGACGAGCGACGCCGACGGCCUCAAGUGCCUCGUGUGCGUACCGCAAAGCCUCUCGCUGCUGACGGCGGCGGUCUCGCUUUCGCAGCUGCAGACGCACUUUCUGCUGCCGGACGCGCAGGUCGGCCAGUACCGCAGCCUCAACGGCAAGCAGAUCGCUGUCGUUGGUGCCCACAUCCACACCAAAGCUGGCUUUCGCGACGCCCGCGUCGUCCGCAUCCUCAUGACGGAAGAGUGGCCGCACCACGCGCUGCAGAUGAGCCUCGUGCACAUCAACCGGCCGCUCGAAGGCGGCGUCGCCGUGCCGGACGAGAUGGGCGAGAUGGACGCCAUGACCUAUCGCCGGUACAUAGCCAUCAUGCGCGCGUACCCCGAGUCCGAGUCUGUCUUUGCGUCGCUCGACUACUUUGUCCAGCAAGUGCAGCGACUGCCGCCGUCCCAUCCGGCGUUUGGUCCCGAAAGCCUUCUCCGCGUCUGGCAACAGAGCACCGCGCUGCUAUUGGAAAGCGGCACACUCGACCUUGGCCCGCGCACGCACCAGCGCUCGCUGCAGCUGGACCAAGCGGUCGAGUCGUACUUGCUCGAGAAAGUCCAUGCGACGAUUUUAGCGCGACUGGAAGCAUGCUGUGCGUCCGACCAAGCCAAGCUCGAAGCCGCGUGGCUCGCUUUACGGUUCGCGACGCCGUCGACGUUCAAGAUCCGACGCGAAUUCCAGUGUCAACACACGGAAGCCAUCGCACUGCUGCUCGCCGCGUACACGCAAACCACGCCGCUCGGUAUGCUACUGCAGCUCAAGCGCGUGCUCCAGUCGGUUCAAGACGCGAUUCAUGCGCGGCUCAUGCGGCACAAGUGGCCGCUUGGCGCGUUCCACUUGAGCACGGACGACGUCUUGGACCAGCUCCUUUACAUUCUUGUCCGCGCCGGCAACACCUCCGGUCGUCUGCCGUUGGUCGCCAUGCUGCAGUACAUGGAGCAGUACCACUUUGUGCCGGCGACCGUCUCGGCCAUUGGUUUCACGAUGGCCAACUUUCAAGUGGCGCUCGAGUGGCUCCUGACAACGACGAUGACGACAUCCAACGAGAUGGUAGAGACGGCGCUCCCAGAGCUGCCAGAGGUGCGCCACGCGACGGCUACCUCCGAUGACGCGCCGACCGUGCUGCACGUGACGGGCCGCGUCGAUCCGAUAUGCGUCGAAGGCGCUGUGUACCACGUAGCCGUCGGCCAUCGGUGCUUUGCUACCGUUUCAGGUAUCUCGAUGGCUAUGUACCUCUUCUGCUGCUAA